AUGCAGCCAAUACUUGCCAAAGCACGGGCUUGGUUAGCAUUAGACAGAGAUGCAGCGACACGGUCAGAAGUGCAGCAGUACAUCGACGGCAAUGACACAAAGGCGCUCCACGCCAUACUCGAUCAACGUAUCGCGUUUGGCACCGCAGGCUUGCGUGCGCGAAUGCAAGCGGGCUUUGGACGUAUGAACGAUGUGACCGUCCUGCAAGCGACGCAAGGCGUUCUUGCCCAUCUACUACAAGUCGUGCCUGAUGUCCACACGCGCGGUGUCGUCAUCGGUCAUGAUCAUCGACAUCAUUCUCAGCGGUUCGCGGCACGUGCAGCGACAGUCUUCUUGCGGGCGGGCGUACCUGUCGUUCUCUUGAGAGGAUUGGCGUGUACGCCGAUGGUGCCCUUCGGAGUCAAGACUCUCGGCGCUGCAGCAGGCAUCAUGAUCACCGCCAGCCAUAACCCAAAAGACGACAAUGGCUACAAGCUCUACUGGUCAAACGCCGUUCAGAUUGUCUCGCCUGUCGACAAACGUGUUGCCGCAGCAAUAGAAGAGCAUCUAGACCUCGAUGAUGCAGCAUGGGAUUUGUCCGUUCUCUCACAAUCGAUAGAUCGCACCGCAGAACUCAGACAGCAAUACAUAGAGCAAGUCGGUAUGCUCUCGCGCUUCAGGGGCGAGAAUGCACAGAGCAUCCAAAAAGUAGUCUAUACACCUAUGCAUGGUGUCGGUUUCGAAUACGCCCAGGCAGCCUUUGUCGCCUUUGGAUUUCCUAAAGAGAACCUCCUGUCGGUGCCAGAGCAACAGGCGCCCGAUCCCGAUUUUCCGACAGUUGCGUUUCCCAAUCCCGAGGAACAGGGCGCAUUACGACUAGCAACAGCUUUCGCAGAUGCGCAAGGUGCCUCACUCGUACUCGCCAACGAUCCAGAUGCAGAUCGAUUCUGCGCCGCCGAAAAAUCAGCUGGCCAUUGGACGACCUUUACUGGCGAUCAGAUCGGGGCCAUCUUCGCAAUGUGGGCAUUUGAGCAAUACAAAGCAUCCGGUCGACCCAUCGAAAAGCUAGCAAUGCUCGCCUCUACUGCUUCGUCAAAGCUUGUAGCAGCGAUGGCCAAAGCAGAAGGCUUCUAUUUUGACGAAACGCUCACCGGCUUCAAGUACCUCGGCAAUCGAGCACUGGAUCUCGAUCAACAAGGUUACUCUUGCGAGUUUGCAUACGAAGAGGCGAUAGGCUACAUGAACGGCUCGAUCAUUCGCGACAAAGAUGGAAUAUCUGCAUUGGCGAUAUUUGCCGAACUGUCUGCGUUUCUUUCGCGGAAGAACAGUACAGUCGCACAGUACUUGGAGCAGAUCUAUCAAAGGUAUGGCCACUUUGUCACGAGCAACUCCUACUUUAUCUGUCGCGACCCGAGCAAAUUAGCAGCCAUCUUCAGACGCAUACGGUACAGCGAGACGGAUAGCACGGAGCUCGCCUUCCCAAAAACGAUCGGUGGCAUUCCCAUCGAGUCCAUCCGAGACCUCACAGUGGGCUACGACUCCACUCGGCCGCCUGAUUUUAAGCCCGUCCUGCCCGUCUCUUCGAACAGCCAGAUGAUCACCCUGGUCACACGGCCUGACGCGGGUGGGACUAUCGGAUCUGUCACGGCCACUCUGAGAGGCAGCGGGACCGAGCCAAAGGUGAGCUGA